UUCAGGUGAUGCUAUCUAGUGGACGGGCGGGAGGAUUCUUCAACAGCGACAGAAGGUUCCUGAUUUACCCACGCGGUGCUUUGCUAGCAAACCUAAAAAUUGAAGCUCUUUAGACCAAUCUUGUGUAAAUUACUCUUAGUGUUUUGAACAUAAUUACCUAUCUACUGGUUCAUUUAAACGUAAUUUGCUUGUUAAAUUAGCAAAUGUGUUACAUUGAUACUGCACUAGGCUAAUCUCCCGGAGCAUAAACUCACUAAUCUAGACGGAGAAAGAAACUGGUGAAAGGAGGCAAAGAAGCUUGAAGAAUGAAUAAGGAGGCUAUCACAUUGAAACAAGAGGAUGAUAUUACAGUGAAAGAGGAAUAUGGGAACGAGGUUGUCAAAGUGGAAAAAGAGGUAGGAGCUUUCAGAAUCAAAACGGAGGAAGAAACGUUUGGAGUAAAAGAGGCGAGUGUCUCAAUAAAAGAGGAGAGUGUCUCAAUAAAAGAGGAAGACGCUUUGGGAGUGAAAAACGAGACUGAAGAUCCGAUUACCACCAGAGAGAGACAUGACUAUCGUGGAUCCUCUGGGGAGCCUCAACAACCUCAUGAAGCUGAAGAGGCAGAGAAGAGUCUCUCCAGAUCAGAACACCAGAUGGACAACGCUAGCCCUUCCUCCCUCCUGGAGUCCCAGUGUCGUGCCUCUCCCGGGGUGAAGAGGUUGUCUGUGCUGCUGGUGGACUGCAGGACAAGAACGGGGCUGAGUGGAACUGUGAGAGGAGGAGAAGAGAAGAAAGGAUCAGAUUUGACUCAUCAAAAAAUUGAGAGUGACACAGAAGGAAUGGAUGAGGACUCUGUGAGUGAUCUGAGUUUUGAUUCCAGCGAGGAGGAAAUGUUUUUGGAAGGAGAAGAUCCAGUUUUCGAUCAUGGCACUGACUCCGACUGGGAGCCCCCAGUGCCAACUUGUCCAUCCCCCUCUGAAGCUGGUUCAUCCUCUGGCUCCACACCUCCCGGGCCGUCUAGAGGACCGACAAAGAAGAGGAAGAGGGGAAGUGUGCCAUCCGCUAACAGAGGGACAGAAUGGCGUUGGCACACCGUCCGAGAAGACGAUGUGGAGCCACCCCAACCAACUUUUAGGCCGAAAAGGAAGCCAGGACCUCAGCUAAACAUGACUGCUACGUACAGCCCCCUUCAACUUUUUCAGCUGUUCUUCACCCAAUCCGUUGUAGAGUCGCUCGUGUCUAACACGAAUAAGUAUGGGAAGAUGAAGCAAGCAGGCAAAAAGGUAGCAUGGAAGCCCAUAUCCACGUCAGAGUUUUUCUGCUACCUUUCACUGGUCAUCUACAUGGGGCUGGUGAGGCUGAAAAGCCUGAAGGACUACUGGAAAUCGUCAUCUCUCUACCAACUGCCUUUCCCCUCGACUGUUAUGUCCUGCAAAAGGUUUCUGGAUCUCUCACAGGCGCUUCACAUCAGUGACCCAAAGGUUGAUGAAGAGAACGAGAAGAAGAGGGGCACAGCGAGGUUUGAUACACUGUGCAAAUUCAAACCUCUCUACCACAGCAUCGUCGAGGCCUGCAAGACGUACUUUCAGCCAGCCCAGAACGUGUCAAUCAAUGAGAGGAUGGUGGCCUCAAAGGACAGAAUUGGCCUCCAACAAUACAUGAGAAACAAACCAACCAAGUGUGGUCUCAAGCUGUUUGUGUUGGCUGACUCUGCGUGUGCCUACACGUGCAAUUUCUUGGUCUACGACGGGAAGAACAGUUUUGCUUACGGUAAGGAACUCAGCUAUGCCUCUGUAAUGGUGUUAUUGGAUUUUCAACUGCUGGGGAAGGGCUACAAACUCUUUGUGGACAACUUCUACACAAGCCCUGCCCUGUUUGCAGACCUGAGGAAGCUGGGAGUGUGGGCUUGUGGCACCAUUCAGACCAACAGAGUGGGCUUCCCGAAGACGAAGGUGAACGACAUGCCUAAGCGGGCUGAGCGGGGGACCAUGCGAUGGAUCCGUGAAGAUGGCCUGCUGUUUGUGAAGUGGAUGGAUGCCAGAGAGGUGGUGAUGUGCUCCACUAUCCACAAGUCCUUCAGUGGAGAUCACGUCGUCAGGCGUGUGAAGGACGCUACAGGGGCAUGGACCACCAAAAAUGUCCCCAUUCCUGCAGCCAUCAAGGACUACAACCAGAGCAGAGGAGGUGUAGACUUGUCAGACGCGCUUAUAGGGUACUACAAUGUUCUCCAUAAGACAAAGAAAUGGUACAAGACAUUGUUUUACCAUUUCAUUGACAUUGCUGUGGUGAAUUCCUUCAUCCUCCAGAAGGAAAUGGCCAAGAGCUGUGGACAGCCCUCCAUCUCACAGCUAGUCUUCAGGGAGCUGCUCAUCAAGGAGCUUGCUGGCUACAGCAAGUCCACUGCAUCACAUUCUGCCACCUCUACCUCCUCUACCUCUGCCGCCUCUACUCCUGCCUUCAGUGGUGUUCAUAUACCACAGUUCAUUACUGCAGGCGUGACUUUACCUCAGAGCCAAAGGAGCGGAGCAUGGAGGCGUCGUUGUGUUCUUUGUCACAUGAAGUCCCCCAUCAUCUGCACCAGUUGUUCAGUUUGCCUCUGCUUCGUAGCAGAAAGAGACUGCUAUGGGACAUGGCACAGGCAGCAAAAUAUUAUGUUCUAAUAUUUAAAAAAUAUGUUAGAAUAGAUUUUUGAUAAGUUGUAUAUAGUUAUUUGCACUGUUGUGUGUGUGUGUGUGUGUAUAUAUAUAUAUAGUUAUAGGUCAUUUCACCAAUUCGGCCACUUGGGUACAUUUGGGCAACUUGUGUGGGACACCUGG